GAUGGAGCUGAGCAGGAUCAGGGAGUGAGAAAUAAAGAGAGAGAAAUAAACAGCUUGAUACAAAGAGACUGCAUCAUAGAGAAAUACGACUUCAAAAGGACAUCUCAGAAUAUGUGUGAACUAUUUCACAAGUUCAUGAUGGGGCUUCGUGACUUUGUAAAGGAUUAUUUUCUUGGUUUCUGGGACUAUGAGACACCAAAGGUGAUGGUGGUUAAAAACAAAACUCUUGGAGUGAUAUACAGAGGCGUUCAGUUUCUUGUGAUCACCUAUUUCAUCUGGUAUGUCUUCAUAAGUGAGAAAGCCUACCAAGAGAGUGAAACCCGUCCAGAGAGCUCAGUUUACACACUAAUGAAAGGCACUGCAGUUCAUGGAGAUGAUAUCUUAGACACUGUGGAGUACGUUCGACCCUCAGAGGGCGGUGAUGUGAUUAGUACAAUAUUGAGAAGAGAAGUAACCUAUGAUCAGAAGCAAGGAACCUGUGCUGAGCAUUUCAUGGUUGCCAAUGCCAACUGUACAAGAGACAGUGAAUGUGUCCAGGGGGAGGUUGACUUUGACGGCCAUGGAAGAAGGACCGGCAGAUGUGUUCAGUACUACAACCACACCUUCAAAACUUGUGAGAUCCAAACAUGGUGUCCUAUUGAGCGGUACGCUGUUAGAACCGGCAUUAGUGGAGGCCAUCAAUUUUACAGUGUUCAUCAGGAAUUCUAUCCACUUCCCCGGAUUCAAAGUGCUGAGGUAAAGGGAAAUAUAAAAGAUAUUUCAAACCCAAAGGAAAUGCGGAGAUUCCUCAACAAGUGUCAUUAUGAUAAGGAGACAAACCCGUACUGUCCAAACUUUCGCCUGGGCUACAUCGCAGCUCAGGCUAGGGAGGACUUCAGUGAGCUCUGCAAGACUGGAGGAGUGAUUGGGGUGUUCAUUAACUGGAACUGUAACCUGGACCUGGAUUAUUCAUACUGUCAACCAACGUAUUCCUUCCGUCGUCUUGAUCUUCGAAAGGACCAGGAAAGCUCUGGUUACUAUUACAGGUUUGCCAAAUACUACAGUAGAGAAGGGGUAGAGUCCCGGACGCUCAUUAAGGCCUACGGUAUCCGUCUGGAUGUCAUAGUUCAUGGACAUGCUGGUAAAUUCAGUCCCAUCCCAACCAUCAUCAGCACAGUGACUGCCAUGACUUCAGUUGGCAUCUGUACCAUUAUCUGUGACUGGAUCAUGCUGACAUUUAUUGACAAGAAUGAAGUCUACAGUGACAGAAAAUUUGAUGAGGUCAUCAAGGAGCCAACAGUGCCCAAAGCCUCAGAGCUCGGCUUCAUCAACAGCUACGGCUCAAACCACUCAGACCUGUCGGAGGGUGUACAGCUGUAAAGUCCACCGUUGCCUCAGUCUUCGCUGGCCCAGAGUCUGGACUCUCCUGCAUCAGCUGACUGCGGCAACAACAGCACAUCUGAGCGUCUCCUCAGACGUUUGCAGCAGCUCAGUUAUGGGCUGCUAGUGGUUGCUGUUGUUAGAGGGAACAAACAGUGACAGAGGGCAUCAUCUGAAAGACGUCUCGUCCUCUCAAAGUCCCUGCCUGUGCAUUGGAUUCAGCUCAUAUAUCACACCCUGAUGGACCCCAACGUGCGACAAUCCAAUUAGUAGUUUCUAUUUCACUUGACCUGACUUGCAUCAAAACCAUUUAGACAAUGUGUCUAUUAAAAAUAAACUUUUAGCAUAGCAGAGACAAACCUUACAAACAGCAGAUUUAUAUCAAUGUAUCGUUGACAUUCAGUGCAAUAAAUGUCUUCUAUCAACUCAAGUUUGGACUUUAUAUUACUAACAGUAUACCAAAAAACACUGACAAUUGUUUCUUACAAAAAUAAAACUGCAUGCCAUGUUUGAGAAAUAUAAAUAUUCGUUGCCUUUGUCUUUCAACCUGAUGGGUUCAGCAUCACGAUAGAUACAGGAGGAAACAUCCAGGAGACUUGCAAGGAGAACGAUGAGCAGUAAUCUAAUAACAUGGACAUUUCCCAUAAAAUGGUUUCUCUAACAAGAUUGUGGGGAAGUGUGAAUCCAUCUGGACGCUUGAGAGCAAUACAAAUGUCAGUGGUGAAAAAUGACUUGAAUGGAUCGAUAUCCGCUGUGUUGGUUAGAGGAGCACAAUGGAGGGUCACAUGUCAGAUGGAAAAUGUGUUUAUGACAUGUA